AAUUACUGUAAUCUCUUUUGAAAAUUCGACGUCAACUGCCUGUAUUCAAUGGAUACAGACGCUACAUUUACUGGCCUCAUGUAAUGAAUAUGCAUAGCCAUCUCGAGACAACACCCAUAUAAAGUGUUUUUUUUCUAAAAAUUUCCGGGAUGUCACGUGCCCUGCUUAUAUCAAUUUAACCACUCGAAAACUAUUACUGGAUUAAAUAAACCUACCAUAGCAAAUAAGCCAUAAAUGUUUUUGGUUGACCAAAUUCAACACUCUCAACUCUUUGCUUGGUGGGCGAAACAACGAAAAAACGCCACCUACUGAAAGGAGACAUCUUUCCGCCGAGUUGGGCAUCUCUAUUCCUCUUCCUCUCUGUCCUAAAUCACACAGGCGGAACAGAUACACAAAUGAGUCGUUAUGAACCCGCGUUACCGCUCGAUGCAAGCCAUUUUGAUCUACGGUGUCCACAGGUCGAUUUUAUAAGCGAACGUGUCUGUCGGAACCGGUACCAGAACCACGCAGGUCCUCUAUGCGUGGGACUUUACAUCUUUAACAUGGCAUAAAUCAUGGCAAAAUGUAUCCAAUUGCAGGAAAUGAGCUUUUAAACUGCACAGCCCAUAAUAAAAUGUGUAGAAUUGCAGGACAUUGCAAUAAACAGUUCUGUAAAGCAAACAUAUUUGUUUGCGUUUUGUUAAUAAAUAAAUAAAUAUUCUAACAGACCCCGCUGUACAUAUUAAAGGUUUUCAUCUCGGUGCUGAGUUAAUGUGUAGUGGCAAAUUGUAGAUCUAUAGGCUACGUGUUUUGUUGAUCAACUGAGGUAAAUUAAGCUACAGCAACCAAUGUGAUAAUGGCUUGAUCAAAAUGAAGGCACUACUCAUUGCUGCAAUUCUCUUGGUUGGACUGUUGGCAAUGGGCAGCGAGGCCAUUCCAUCAAACCGCUGGUCCUGCUACAAGAAAGUCUUGAAGGACAGGGACUGUCGCAAUGUUGGCAUCUCCAACGGAGUUGCGACCAUGCGACCCAUCGAUUCCCUGCAGAACCAUUUCUGGGAGGGGAACAAAUGCGACAUGGUGUGCUACUGUAACUUCAGUGAGCUCCUCUGCUGCCCAAGGGAUGUCUUCUUUGGACCCAAAAUCUCCUUUAUAAUUCCAUGCAAAACCAUCUGAGCCAUCAGUCGUUUGAAUGGACAGUGAACACGGACGGUGCAAUCUUCUGAAUUGAAACAAGAGUAAAGAGUAAAUGGGGCCAAGGGGGAUCGGCCCAUCCAUUCCGGACUACAGAAUUACAUGCAUUUCAUUCUUCACUUGGAGAGAGCUACAACAACGACAAGUUCAGAAGGCUGGAGCUAAAACAAAAGCACAAGCUUUGAAGCUGAAAAGAAAGAGGCCCAUCUUUCACAAUACAUGGGCCUACAAAUAAAAUAGAUUAUUUUCAGUCUCAAAUACAGCACCCAGUAUAUUUAGUAUCUGUGAAGACAAUUCAAUAAAUGCAACCAGUGUCCCUUCUUUGCCAAGGCUACAGUUCAACACUUGUAUAUCUGACUUGGCAGACCCUUCAUUUGGCAUUUGCAAUGAUGUGACACCCCCAUUAUCUACACCCAAACGUAAACAGAUAGUUGUAGUACAGUAAUACCACGAGUGUGCCUUUAUAUUGAGUUGUUGCACAUCCAUAAAUAUUAUUCAAUAGUUAAUAGUAUGCUAUUCAUGAAAGACAUUCCAUGUUAUAUUCAAGGCUAUUAAAUGCCAUAAAUGUCAGCAGGAUCAUAAAAUGUGAUGUGAUGAGCCUAUGAAAGUUGAUUUUACAUGGCUGAAACAAGUAGGCUGUUCAACUGUGUUGUAAAUGUCUUUGCAAAAUGAUUAUAGUACUGUGUGUGUUACUAGGCCUAACUAACUGUAAGUCCUUCUGGAUCAGAGUGUCUGCUAAAUGACUAAAAUGUGAAUAACAUAGCACUACAGAUCACCUAGACUGGUGGAGCUGUUUAAACAAGUUGUUCUACUGCUCCAUGACAUCUCCCUGUACUUAUCCAAUGAUUUUGUGUCAAUUACAACACUGUAUGUGAGACUAUUAGUAAACAGAUCGGUUUGAGUGUUAUUUUGCCUGCAGGCCUUACUUGUUGUAUUAUGUAUGGAACCACCUUUGUAGCUCAUGUUUCCUUUGUGAGCUUGUUAUGUUUCAGUUUGUUGUUGAUAAACAUGCUUUUGUCAGUCAGUUGCAAAACAUCACUGAUUAAUAUUGUUGUAAUUAGAAGAGAUUGUUCUACUGCUCUAUGUAAACAAACUCAAUUAAG